CGUCGGGAACGGGGUUGUUAAACUGCUGCCCAAAUUAUCGAAAGAAUUCCAUACGCGGACGAUUCGUGAUGUAAAACCAAACGGUUUUCAGUGAUUGUUUAAUAUAAGUGCUGAGUGUAUAUUGGAAGUGUAUGUUUUAUUGAAAGUGAUUGUGACGUAUGUGCUCACUGGAUUUGCUGUUCAUAAAGAAUCGAAUGCCGGGUCCUUAACGGGAGUGGGUGCUAGUGAUGUGUAAAGUGCGUAUCGAUAAAAUUUGGAGGUAAUGAUGCGCCUACCGACAAUGCUGUCACAGGCGCGCUUCAUAUCCUUCGUACUGCUCAGUAUACUGCUGCAGUACUGCGUGAAGAGUCAACAAGAGAUCCUCAUUGAGGAAUCAGCCGCGAUAGAGUCCCUCCACGCGCCGACGGGGGGAAAUGUAGAGCUGCCCUGUGACGUCACGCCCACCCUCCCCGACGACAUGAUGGGCUUGGUCAUCUGGUACAAACAGGGACACAAAACCCCUAUAUACUCAUUCGAUACAAGAGAAGGAGUGACUUCGCAUUGGUCGGAUCCUACCACCUUAGGAGUGAGAGCCACCUUCAGAAGCGACUCUCGUCCAGCAGUCCUUAUUCUUAGUAAAUUAAGGCCAGAAGACAGCGGUCAAUAUAGAUGCAGAGUGGACUUCAUUAAAUCACCAACGAAAAAUACAAGACUAAACCUAACUGUUCUAAUUCCACCAGAGCGGCUUAUAGUUCUGAACCAUGAAGGGAACGAGGUAAACGGAGGAGUUGUCGGACCUUAUGACGAGGGAACAGAGGUCAAUCUCACUUGUAUAGCCGUUGGAGGUCGACCGAUCGCACGAGUCUCGUGGUGGAAAGCGCACGCACUCCUCGCGAACUCCGAAGCGAGAGCUACUGUCUCCUUCAGGGUUCAAAGGUCGGACUACGGCACCGACGUCAUGUGUCAGGCAGUAACUGAUCCCCUAAUAUCACCCGUCUCGGAGAAUAUAUCAAUAGACGUGAAUCUGCGCCCGCUGUGGGUUCGUCUGCAGGGUGGAAAAAGGCCUUUAGUCGCAGGUCAGAGCACAGAACUGGUAUGCCAAGCCGUUGGAGCCAGACCGAAGCCCACAAUAUCAUGGUGGAGGGGCGGAACAAGACUGAAGACUGUACGAGAAGCGACUUCGACUGAUGGCAACGUGACCAGCAGUGUCUUGACCUUCGUGCCCUCGAUAGAAGAUGCCGGCAGGGUUUUGUCCUGCAGAGCAAUUCAGCCCACUUUACCCCAUUCGACUCAUGAAGAUGGUUGGAAAAUGGAGAUACAACAUCUUCCUGUUGUGAAGCUAGAAUUGGGUGCCAACUUGGACGCCAGUAAAGUAGUGGAAGGCUCCGAUAUAUAUCUGGAUUGUAGAGUGCGAGCGAAUCCCUGGCACAACCACGUCUAUUUCACACAUAACGGUGUGAUAGUAAAAUCCGGGCCGGGCGUCCUCCUGGCCAAUCAGAGUCUGGUGCUGCAGAAGGUAUCCAGGAAAGCAGCUGGUUCUUACGUUUGCUCGGCCAGGAACAGCCUCGGCGACGGGUCCAGUGAACCCCUAAUGCUGGACGUCAAGUUUUCCCCAACGUGUAGAUCAAACCAGCCUUUAGUGCUAAGAGCCGCUAGGGGCGAGGUGGUAGAAAUUGAAUGCGACUUAGACGCCAAUCCCCAGGAUUCCAUAAGAUACCACUGGUGGUUCAACAGUUCUGCUCACAGCAAACACGAGCUCUCCACCACAGCCAUGACGACAGCUCAGAACCUGCCUGGAACGUAUCUCUACAUGGUAAACACGUCUUCGGACUACGGCUGGGUUCAAUGCUCAGGAUCUAACAUGGUGGGAGGACAGGCGAAGCCAUGUCUAUUCCACAUACUUCCAGCUGACAAACCAUCGGCACCUAAAGCAUGCGAAAUCACGAAUGUAACAUACGACUCUUUGACACUGAACUGCACGCCGGGACACGACGGUGGCCUGCGACAAUACUUUCUGUUACAAAUAUUCGACAUGGCAACCGGCUUACUACUCCGCAAUAUGACGGGGGAAGAACCAGAAUUCGAGGUGUCGGGGUUGCCAGCCGGCAACGCUUUAGGAGUUGCCAUAAAAGCGUUUAAUCGAAAAGGAUCUAGCGAGCCAUUGUCGUUGAGUUCGAACUUACUGAAGUACCCACAAAGACAUACGGCACAAGUACCAGUUAAAGUUGAACUUACCACAGUAUUGAUAAUAGUAUUAGCGGCGGUAGGUCUGAUCGCUGCGAUGACGGCUUUGUCAGCCGCGGUGUUCUGCUGCCGAUACUGUCAGAAGAAGGAAGGUAAAAGUGAGAAAGACAAGCGGCAACAGGACGAGACCUUGAAUAUACCACUAACCAGCACCAAGGAAUCUGAAAGCGUUGAUAGUAUAGACAAAAAUCCAGAUAUAAUACCACUGGAUGGAAAAAUUAGUGACAGUUGUUCAAAUAAAUCCUCCACCACUGACUACAGCUCUAUAAGGCCUCUGAUUUCGAAAACGCCAGACAAAUACGAUCUUCAAACGAACUGCGACAGAUUCUACGAUCACAAUCUGGACCAAUGCAACCAGUACAUACAAGUUCGGCCAAUCGAUUAUAGACGGCCCACGUAUGCACCAACUUUGGCUCCAAUGCCGAAUUUGGGGCCAAGCAUACAGAGUCUGGGGCCGAUGAGCAGUCUACAUUUAUCGAAUGUUGGACCAAACGAUUGUCACAGACAGUACGAUAAGGUUUACGAAGAUUGGUUGAAAUAUAAGAAUGCUUUGCCGCUGAAUACUACUGGCCUGUUACCAGCUGAACAGCUAAUGCCUCCCGAACUAUACGCGACCCCCCCUCCAACGAUAUACAGUAACAGCAGCAGGAAUCCCCUCAAUCUGACGCAGAUGCCGGAUUUGGAGCCGAGAUACCACUUGGAGCCAAGGUCCCUGAUGACCCAGGACUCCAGGAGCUGUUCCAACUCGCCCCCGGUUAGAUUUAACACGGACAACACCGUUUAUUAUAGCAAAGGCGUGGACCGAACCAAUACGUUACCACAUUUGAAAAGUAGGAUAAAUGUAAAUUCUCCGGUACAGACGCCGUGUGAUAACAAGAAUAGCUCAACAAAAUCACCAGAAUCAAAUUCGGAGCAUUUAAAAUUAGCAACGAAAGACUGAAGUGAAGAAAACUAAUUAGUCAGUACAGUGAAUAUAAGACUUGACGGAAGUGAACAAUAUAAACGAGUUGACACAUACGUUUAGUGCAAAAUGAAAAUGAGUUGACACUAUACGUUUAGUGCAAAAUGAAAAUGAGUUGACACUAUACUUUUAGUGCACAAUGAAAACGAGAUUAUUAAAUAGUGUUAUUGUGUUAUUAAGUGAAAAAUUGACAAUGCGCAAAACAAUGCAAAUGAGUUUUAAGUGUGCUAGUGAUUUAAUGAGAACAAUGGAACUGAGUUUAAAUUAUAUGAAACGAGUGUUCAUGAAUGUACUUACUGUGGUGUCGUGAUCGUAAAUUUGAGUUUUUUUUUUUAUAAAACGCUUUUUUUAGUGAUUUUUU